AUGGCCACUGAAGCGACAAAGAAGAUGAUAGACCCGUCAUCACCUUUUUAUUUGCAUCCAUUCGACAAUCCAGGUGCGUCUGUGACGACGUGCCUCUUGAACGGGGACAAUUAUGAUAUGUGGGAGAAAGCAAUGGUAAAUGCGCUGAAGGUGAAGAAUAAAUUAGGGUUCAUCAAUGGAACCUUGAUAAAACCUGAUGAAGAUACACCAAAGGCAAGCAAGUGGGAGGCUUGCAACUCGAUGUUGAUAUCAUGGAUUUUCAAUUCGAUUGAGAAGUCCAUUCAGCUGAAUGUCGUGUAUUUGGAGACUACGAAGGAAGUCUGGGAUGACCUAAGAGAUCGUUACUCAAUUGGGAACACGCCACGAAUCCAUGAAUUGAAGAGCGAGAUUGCUUCAUUACGACAGCAAGGGACGUCCUUCAUGGUGUAUUACACAAAAUUAAAAGGGAUGUGGGACAAGUUGAGUAGCUACUCGAAGGUCCUAACUUGCACAUGUGGAGCGGCGCAUGAGUUUCUUCGAGAGAAAGAGGAGGAGAAAUUGCACCAAUCCUCAUAG